AUGUCUGAGAUUGUCUGGGCUGUGCUUUUCAUUUCUAUUUCCACUACUGCUGCUUGGUUCUUCUACACCCGGGUAGUCUGGCCUGUAUUUUUUACCCCCCUUUCGAAAGUACCACAUGCCCACCCAUCAGUGGGAAUAUCGUCAUUCUGGAUAAAUCGGAUUCGCAGCACAGGAUAUGCGAAUGAAACCAUCCAUCGGAUUCACGAGAAAUAUGGGCCCGUUGUACGGUUGGGGCCAAAUGAAAUCAGCAUCAACUGUGUUGAUGAAGGAGUGAAAAAGGUCUAUGGGUCGGGCUUUGAAAAAAGCAAUUGGUAUCGCAAGUUUGAUUAUUUCGGCAAAUCAACCCUGAUGCACUCACCGAAUCUUCACCAAAACGUCAUAGAGGUUAUGUUACAGCGCGUUACACCAAUAUUAGCCGAAGCGGCUAACACUGAAUCGCCUUUGAAUGUGUUUGAUCUAUAUCGGGCAUCCACAUUGGACUUUGUGAGCGCGUUCCUUUUCGGUCCUGAGUCUGGCACAAAUUCCCUCGAAAAUCGGCAAGAAAGAGCAAAUAUAUUUCGAAUGUAUGCCGAUGAAUCCAAGGCCCCCAUUUGGCGUCACCCUCUUCUCGGGUUUAUUGCUCCUUCGAUGAACAACUCUAUGGACCCCGGCCUUUUUCACCUUUGCAUGAGAAUGUGCGAGUCUGCAAAAGCGCGGUUACUCAGCCACAUUGACUCUGGAAGCAAAGGUCUCGUUUUUCACCAGCUUCAAGAAGCAGGUUUAAAUCCAAUCGAAAUGGCAAGUGAACUAGUAGACCACUUUACCGCCGGCCAUCAGACUUCCAGUGCCACGUUGACAUUUUUGAGCUACCAGCUUUCCGCAUGCCCUGACGUGCAAGAAAAGCUAAGGGAAGAGAUGCGUUCGAUUUUACCAAUGCCGAUGAGGACGGGAGAUCCGUCCAUGGCCUCAUAUCUCAAGUCUCUAGACGCACUACCUCUGUUAGACGCAGUUGUAAUGGAAACCCUACGUUUAUACCCGCCUAUUGCUGGACCCCAACCGCGAAUCACGCCAAACCGCCCCAUGCCGCUUGGCCCCUUCACCCUCCCUCCUCGAACUGAAAUAAGCGCUCAAGCAUUCUCGUUGCACCGCAAUCCUGAUGUUUUUCCAGAUCCACUCCACUGGGUACCUGAAAGAUGGCUUGAAAAAAAUAGAAACGACAUGCGGCGGUGGUUCUGGGCGUUUGGAAGUGGAGGCAGGAUGUGUAUUGGGAGCAAUUUCGCCAUGAUUCUGUACACCCAGUUUCGCACUGUUUUAGUCGAGAACGAAAAGCCAAGUCCGAGAGAUGGCUACAGGGGAGGCCCCAAACGCGAAGUUUUAGAUUUGCAGUUUUCUUGCCUUUGA